AUGCCCGCGCUCCAAUUCGGCGCCGCCGGCGUCGGCUGGCGCCAGCCGAGCGAGGUCGCUCGCGUCGGAUUUCGAGGCGAAGGCUGCGCGGACCUGGUCAGAGACCGCAUGCAGUGGGUGGAUGCGAGAUCAAACGUUGGUCAAACAAGGGACGUGCGCGCGGUGACCUCGCUUGCUUGCUCCGCUCCGCUCCGCUCCGCUCGCGAGGAUUUUGCUCUCCGACGGCGCUGUUUUGCGGGCUGUUUGCGUGCGCUUGCGCGGUUGAGGGUAAAUGUUACGGUGCGUGUUGUAAACGGCGACCCGAGGGGCGUGGGCGGCCUGCGCAACGUGUCGGUGAGCGUGCCGCUGGCCGUGGCGCCGGGCGACACGGUGACGCUACACUGCGCCUACGACCUGGAAGGCGACCCGCUCUACACCGUCAAGUGGUACAAGGGCCGCCAGGAGUUCUUCCGCUACGUGCCCAAGGAGCUCCCGCACACGCGCGUCUUCCCGCUGCCCGGCAUCAACGUCGACGUGAGCCAGUCCGGGGCGCACCAGGUGGUGCUGCGCGACGUGCAGCUGGAGCUGGCGGGCAAGUACCGCUGCGAGGUGUCCGCCGACGCGCCCAGCUUCCACACCGAGCCCAAGCUGUCGAUGGAGAAGCUACGCUACGCCGUGGGCGACACGCUGCGAGGCAACUGCUCCUCGCCGGCCUCCAACCCGCCCACCAACCUCACGUGGGUCGUCAACGGCCGCAAGAUCAACGAGAGCUUCUGGGUGAGCCACCCGGUGGUGCGGAGCGGCGACGUGUCGACGCGCAAAGUCACCACCAUCGGGCUGGAGCUGGACGUGAACCAGGCCAUCUUCCAGGGCAGCCGCGUGGAGGUGCAGUGGCGCCGCCAUGCGGUGGUAUUCGGAGUGGCUGCUGCUGCCGACGGUGGCGCUCUCCGCGCUGCUCACCAGGUAGCAGGACUGGGCUCUGGCCGCGGCCGCGACGCGCGCCGGCUGAGCCGCGGCAGCGGCUGACGCGGCAACGGGCGCGGCGGUGACGUCACAUCGGCCGGCGACCCCCGUCCCGCACGGGGGCUGGGGGGCUGUGGGCGAACGCGCAUACCCCGGCUCGAGCGAGGCUGGUAGGGCUGAGGGACUUACGUCCGGUAGGCAGGCGGUGGAGGUGGAGGUGGAGGUGGUGGUGGUGGUGGUGGUGUAAAGCUAGCCGUGUUGAAUGUUUAUUGUUACAUGUCAGAGAACGGAAUGGUUUGUGAUAAGGAAAAUUUGUGGAUCAGGCGAAUUCACUUUACUUUUGUUUGACAUAUUAUUGGGAAAAUUGAAGCAAAAUAUUGUUGAAACGUUGUUGUUGUUCUCCAGGAUAAAUAUUAUUCUGAAAGAGUAUUAUUGUUCAAGAAUUAUCAGAGCAUUUUUGUUCGUUCUCUACUAUCAAGAAGACUUCUUGAGUAUUCUACCAAAUUGAAAGUUUUUUUACGUUAAAUCAACUUUGUCGGGUAAAUAGACAAUCGUUUAGUAGAAGAAUAGAAUAAUUUUAGAGCUUGAUAAAACUGCGCCAAUAACGUUGAACGAAGUACAAAACGGGUUAUUGUAGCAGAAAUCGGUGGGUUACAUGUUUCUAUUUGACGUCAAGGAACACGCAGAACUCAGCAAUUUUCUAACCUUUGGUUUCAGUUGAGACGGAAAUAUAUUUUGAGUUGUUAGGUACACCAGUUCGAACUGGUGAUGAAGACUGGUGCUAAGAGCCGAGCACGGGCCGGGGGUGCCCUUUCGCAUUGGGGGUGAAUUGUGGGAGGCAGUGACUCUCGUCACACGGCCACCCCUUCCGCCCUCUGCCGUGUGCGGUGGCCCGCGACGUCGCCGUCUCCACCAUCGGCAGCCAGUGCUGCGAAGACUGUGGCAGUCAAAGUGAGGUUUUGGAACCGUGAAAAUGUGACCGUACUAUAAGUGUUGGAUAUACUGAACCGUGACAUGUUAUGUGUCUGUUCGUGUGUCAUGUGAUAGUAAAAAAAUAAUAAAUAUAUACGUGGAAGAAUUGCUGCUGAUUUCGUUCGAUUCAGCGUUUUGGCCAUUCACAUUGCUAGGAUAUAAAUGCACUUCUGAAAACGAACACAUUUUUCAAUAUAUCUUGAGCUAUUGCUGGGUUUUAGUUACGACCUUUGUCGAUGUUUUGGAGUAGAAUCGUAUUUUUACCACCGUAACUGAAGCUCCAUUAAUAGACAAGUAAAAUAUUGGUAAAUUAAUACUAAUAUUUUUUUUCAUUUCAAUUGUCAUUACAAAAAAUUAAUAAAAAAUAUUUAGAAAUAUUCAUAUUCUUAAGUCGCCUGCAAAAUUAGAAAUUAACAUAUUCAAUACUCUCGUUAUAUUGCAUUGUAACAGGAGUCAUGGAAAUCCCUGUUAUUUCAAAAAUGUUUUGCCUACUGUAAUGUAAAUGCCAAAACGCUCUCAUUCGCUCUGGUCAGGUCUUCCUCAUAAUUUCGAACAUGUGAAAGCGAGUAACUUAAAUCGUAACGACAUGAGAAAAUAUAGUUGUUAAUUGUGGGGAAUGUUCUUGAAUAACGAACAAAUAUGAACAGUUAAAAAUAUGAAACGAAAUCCCGGGAAUUUAGUUGGUUCCGAAUACAAUAUUCUAGGCCCCGAAUACCAAUGUAUCUUGGUGUAGCAUAAUUUUGUACAGGCAUGUCCUGUGAAACAGUCUUCGUCUGCAGUGUUUAUAUUUGUUACAUGUUCUGAAAUGUUUUGUCUAUCUGAAUAUUAUAAGCAAUUCUGCAAUUCGAUGUCCCUUUGCUAUUUUUUAUAUAAUUACUACGUUUCCAUAUAGACUGCAGCCUGUAUUGAUUAUUACUGUGCGAUGUGAAAUAAUGUACUUGUGAAAAUUAAACCCCGCAAAAAUAUCUAAACUUCUCGGAGAAGUUUUAACUCGUGAACUAACAUUUGUAUUUUAUAUUAUAACUUUAACUUAUAGAAUUGCAUUAAAAGACGGUGUGAAUUAUUUUCCAAUAUAUUUCAUUGUCGGAAAUGUUCCUUGCAUUCUCCAUCUCAGGUUAAACGCUCAACCGUUACUUGGGUGUUGCCAAUUGUACAGCAUAAAAGAGAGUCACCCAUUGUAGAUAAAAAGCAAAGAAAAUUCUAAAACAUGUUAGGGAAGUGCCGUUCAGUUGUACCCAAUCCCACUCCUUCUCUCCUUACAAGUUUUGUGAAUUUAGAUACUGUGUAUAAAAGGAUCAUAUGAAUGUACUUUCAUCGAAAAGGUUGAAUUUGUGUGUCAAGUAAAUUUCUUAUUGUUAUUAUGUAUUUUAUAUGAAAAUGUUGUAUUGCAUUUACACACGUGUAUUGUCAGUAGUAUAUUUUGAUGAUUCAAAACAUUUCAGACGAGUUUCUCGAGUGAUGCAAAAAUGAUCCACGGUUACUAUUCUACUUGGUGCAGUACAAUGUACCAAACAUCCACACUACACGUUCUUUCGAUCCCCCAUUGUUUGCAUUAAAAUGCAAAGAAUUUAACAUUCUUUAUGUAACUUCUGUACUAUACUGUUUAAAAUAUUGAGGGCAUGUCUAUACAAUAAAUUAACUUUUAUCGUUUUCUCUUGUGAGAAGGUGGUGAAAUUUGAAAGGAUGUUGAACCAUAGAAUCUACAAGAGAAGUGUGUACAGUCAUACUUGUUAUAGGUGCACGAACUCAUGUGGUGUAUAAAAGUACCACGAGUGGACAUGAUGUUUAUUUUAUUGUUUUUCAAACGUUCAUUUGUCACAACUCAUCUCUGAAGUGCCAAGAUGUGUGUGCACAAAAUAGUGAACAUAUUUCUUUUGAAAUGACAAAAAUUUGUUGGUAUCAGAAUGCACAGAUCAUCGCUAAUAAUACGAAGAAGGUUCGUCGUCAAUGAACAUAUUACGGAAAUAUACUAAAAUGUAUUAGGUGAAAAUAUAAGUGUACAUACGGAAAUCUUCGUUAAUUUUAUCACCAUCUGAGCUAUUCUGAUACUGAAAUUUUAAAACAUGUUGGUGUUGAUUUUCAUUAUCUUUUAUGACUAUAGUAUAUCUUUAUGUAUGAUGCCA